GCAGCGAUCACCAUCAACACCACAACGAAAGCAACAGCCAGCAAUUGGUCGGGACAGUACCAAAGCCCGCUUGCUCUACCACUAGCUGUGAUCAAAGCUAGCCACUCGGGUCACUCGACGAUCGGCAUGGCAAAGCUGGCGUCCCUAUUGAUCCUCGCGGUCCUCGUGGCCGCGGCGUGCUUCGCCCAGCUGGGCUCGGCGGCGCGCGGCAUCCCGGCCGGGAAGCCCGUGGCUGCAGCGGCGGCCGAUGCGGUGAAGCGGCCGGAGACGUUCCAGGAGGGGACGGUGCUGAUCCCUGGGAUCGGGCGGUACGAGCUGGGCACCCACUACAGGCCGGACCUCGGCGGGCUGGACCACAGCAUCCCGGCCGCCGCCAACGGGCGGUUCCUCCCCGGCGCCGAUGACACCUGGGUGCCCAACCCCGGCUUCGAGGUGCCCAACCCCUUCCGCCCCGGUUCCGAGUCUCCCUGAUCGAGCCGGCCGAACAGCACGUCCACAUUACGCCCAUCCAUCGGUAGCUAGCGUUUGGUUGCUACAAUAAAAUAGCCUCUACAUUAGCCAUGCAUGCAUGUAUACGCAUGUUGCAUGCAUGUAUCUGCCACUGCGUGCGCCGCCGACGGGCGUUUGGUAUUUGAUUGUGUGUGUGUGUGUUUAUGGAGUAUGGGUGGAUGCGUAGGAAGCAUCCAUCACGUAUCUCGCUUGUUUGUUGUUAGCAGUAAUGUGCUUAAGUUCAGUUAAUGAAUUAUGAAUUGCUUUGCUA